UCUCUCUUCCUUCAUCUUCAACACCAAAUCACUCUCUCACCAUAAACAUAUAUCUCUCUCUCUCUCAAUCUUUACAGAUGGGAAAAUUCAUCACAACCACACUAUCUCCACCACUCUAUGCCAAAUCAAAGCUCCUCUGUUUCUCACUUGUAUACUUGUUCACUACACUUUUUCUCUUCCUCUACGUAUCUCUCUCAAGAAACCAAUGCGUCUUUCGUUAUUCGCCUUUCGAUCCGAUCCAACCUAAGCUUUUUUCUUAUCCUUCUUCUUAUGGUGAACACAAAUACGCUCUUCCCACUCAUCGAUCUUCUUGUUCUUCCCCUCUUUUCUUCUCUGAUUACUGGACAGUGUUGAAGAAGAUACAGAGUAUCUUGAGCGAUUCAUCAUCAUCUUCACAGGAGAAUUUGAGAUACAUUAAUGGAAAAAGUGAGAGUUUCGGUGGAAAUUUUACUACUCAAAAGAGGUUUUCUUAUUACAACCAUUCCAACAUUGACGUUGAAGUUCCAUGCGGCUUCUUCAGAGAUUUUCCGGUCAGCAACUCCGACAGAGUUGAGAUGGAGAAAUGUGGACUAGUAGUUGCAUCAGCAAUUUUUAACGACCAUGACAAGAUUAGACAACCAGUGGGACUUGGAGUUAAAACCUUAGAAACCGUUUGCUUCUACAUGUUCAUCGACGAUAAAACCUUAUACUCACUCUUCCACCACAACGUCAUCCCAAAAAAUAGUCCAAGAGACUAUAGAGUUGGCGCAUGGAGGAUCAUCAAAAUAUCGAAAUCCGAGAGUCUAUACCUUAAUCCGGCUAUGAACGGGGUUAUACCAAAGUAUCUUAUACAUAGAUUGUUUCCAAACUCAAAGUUUAGUAUAUGGAUCGAUGCGAAGAUUCAGCUCAUGAUCGAUCCGCUACUUCUUAUUCAUUCAAUGCUAGUAGUGCCUGAGGCCGAUAUAGCGAUAUCGAAACAUCCGUUUUUUGUAAAUACAAUGGAGGAAGCUAUGGCUACCGCGAGGUGGAAGAAAUGGGGAGAUGUCAAUGGGCUAAGGGUGCAAAUGGAGACUUAUUGUGAGCAUGGUUUAAGGCCUUGGAGCUCUCAUAAGCUGCCAUAUCCCACAGAUGUACCAGAUAGUGCGUUGAUACUUAGAAGACACGGGAUAAGAAGCAACCUAUUCUCGUGCUUCAUGUUCAACGAGUUAGAAGCGUUUAACCCGCGAGACCAAUUAGCGUUUGCGUUUGUGAGGGAUCACGUAAACCCUAAGGUGAAAAUGAACAUGUUUGAGGUGGAAGUGUUCGAGCAAGUAGUUAUUGAAUACAGACAUAAUCUCAAGAAGGUCGAGACAUCUACGUACGAGGAACAAGAAGAAGAACAGAAACAAGAAUCGUUGAGGAACAUACAGAAGAGAAGAAAAUGGUUAGAUCAUGAAUCUUGGUCUCUCAAUAGUAGUAGCUGUAAUAGUUAUCUCAUGGAUAUGUGGGGGUGAAUCUCACCUGUUGAUUUUUCUUUUAUUCAAUAGUGUAAUAAUCUGAUAUAUUAAGUUGGACAGUAUACUUUCAAAUACAAGUUUACCAAAUUGUAUCGUAUUA